CCCGCCCCAGAGUUAGCUGGAUCUCAGCACUGGCUGAGAAAUCCCUGUAUAACCGGCACCCUGCGCCCCACCCCAGAGGCGGCUGUAUCUCCGCUCCAGCUGAGGGACAACUGACAAGGAGGAGAGUUUACGCUGAGCCCACCCGCCUCCGUGGGCAGGAUUUGAACCCACGACCCCCGGCUUUGCACCCUGCCCGUUCACAAUUAUCCUGCGGCUGCAGCACCAGGACAAACCACUAGGUGGGGGGAAACUGAGCAAGUGGGUAAAACCAGGAGCUAAUUGGGUGUUGGGGUGAGGGGCUGGGAGCCAGGACUCCUGGGUUCUCACCCCAGCUCGGAGAAGGACGUGGGGCCCAGGGGCUAGAGCGGGGGGGAUGGGAGCCAGGACUCCUGGGUUCUAGUCCCAGCAGGGGACGGCUACUGAACAAGAACCAGUGUCAUAUCCUGUGGUUUGCUGGCUGCAGCUUCCUCUUCCCUGUAGCCGUGGGAACAACGCCCCUGCCCAGAGGCAGACGCACCCUGUGCCCGGCGACCCCUCUCCCGGCCCCACGGCUCACACCCCUCCCCGGCUCCACCAUGCACCCCCCUCUCCUGCCUCUGGCCCUCGCCCUCCUGGCAGCGGUGCCCCCGGGAGCUCAGCAAGAGAUGGCUGCAUCUCAGCGCCAGGCGAGGGGUCCCAGUCUCUCCAGCGCUCGGUUGGGCAGGACCCAUCAGGCUCUGGUGUUCACAGGCCCAGAGGUGACGACAGAAGCCGGCUCGACUGUCAGUCUGCCCUGCAACCUGACGGGGCCGUGGCUGACCUGGCAGUGGAUCCCGCGCUACCCGGUCUGCGCUGGUGUCAGCGGUGGGAUAAAGACGAUCUACACAGUGAUGGCGGCUGGGGCACACGACGCUCUGGAGGGGAGAUUUCAGACGUGGCUGCGUCUCCUAACGAGUCAGGGAUCCCCAACCUCCGUCCUGAAACUCCAAACCCUCCACAUGAGCGACUCGGGGGUCUUCUUCUGUGCCAGCCCCAGCCAGACCGCCCCGCCCACCUCUGUGACCAUCAUGCCCGGCUGCCAGGCCGGGGUGUCCAUCAAAGGGGUCCCCAAGGAGCCGGUCGUGGAGGGAGCGUCUGUGUCCCUCUCCUGUGCCCCCUGUGGGGAGCAGGGACCCACGUCACCCCCAGCAGGGGACGCCACAUGGCGGCUCAAUGGGAAGCGGCUCCCAAACUCCACUGCCCAUCGGCUCCUGAGGUCUAACAAGGUGACGAUAGGGGAUUUCUCCAGCCGGCUCGAGGGUCUGUGGACCUGCCACCUGCCAGGGGAUCCCCCCCGGUCUGGGGGCUACUGCCUGGAGCGUGACCCGGGGGCACACGGGACCCAGGAGAGCCCCAGCCCCACCAGUCCAGGCUGUGGGCCCGGCAGCGGCUGUGGGAUGAUGGGGCUGGCAGUGCGCUGCGGCCUCGCCUUCCUCUUCCUCAGCGCCAGCCUCGGGGCCAUCGGCUACGUGCACUGGAAAACCCGGGACCGGCCGGCCGGCAGGCCCCAGCGGGACUGAGGCCUCCGCUCCCCAGGUGCUGCGUCCACACGGCACUGACCCACUUUGUUUACAGCUUGGCUUGUUUACCAUACAUAACGUAGGCCCUACAGGAAGGUUCUGACUGGGCAGGAUUUGUGGGGGAUCCCUCCCCUGUCUCCUCCCCUUUGGCGAAGCCUUAAGGUGCUUUGCACGGCCUCCUCCUGUCGUUGUUUACAGGUUGGUUUGUUUGGGAUACAUAAGGUAGGACCUACCCUAUUUUUCCCAGCAGACAGGAUGAGAGAGGGACCAGUUCCCAUGGAACUUGUCCCACUGGACCCAGCCCCCCGUCUGUUUGAUGAUGCAAUCAAUGAAAAAUAUCCCCUUUCGUUGACGUUUGGGUUUGUUUACAAUAAAAAAGUGUAGGACCUA